AGUUCACAGGAAGCUGGGGGGCUGCCAUUUUUUCCUGCUGCUGCUAACAUUUUAGAUGCUAAGGAGAAAGGAGGGGUGGCUUUCGUUGGUAAAUUUUAUAUUUAAUUUACCCCAAAAGAGUUCAAAACAUUCGUUCCUUUCUCCACCCCUUGUUGCAAACAUCAUAACUAUUGAAUGAAUUCGGCAUGGAGAAAAUAGUGGAACAGUCUUGGAAUUCUUCCUACACCUACCAGGUGAGCAAGCAUAGCGCGGAGAUGCUACACAACCUCAACAUUCAGAGGAAAGAUGGAGGCAGGUUUUGCGAUGUGAUCUUGCGCGUCGGUGAAGAGAGCUUUCCUGCCCACAAGGCGGUACUGGCCGCGUGUAGUGAGUACUUCGAAUCGGUCUUUAGCUGUCAAACAGAGGGCGACAGCGAGGCAAAGGAGCUUGAAAUGCAUACCAUAAGCCCUAAAGUUUUUAAAGACAUUCUAGACUUUGCUUACUCUUCGAAGAUUGUGGUACGCCUGGAAUGCUUCCCCGAGUUGAUGACAGCAGCCAAGUUUCUGUUAAUGCGAUCAGUCAUCGAGAUAUGUCAGGAGGUAAUAAAACAGUCUAAUGUACAAAUUCUUCUUCCACCUUCACGAGGAGGGGACUCCAGCUUGUUCCCUUCAGGAGCCCCGGAUUUGGGCUUCCAAGCGACUCAACAGGAAAUGCCAAAUGGUACUGAAAUGUUAUCAAAUGGCUCAAUGUUUUCCAACAUUGGACAAACGCACAACUUGGAUGGAAACAGUGAUACGUCUCUGGUCAGUAGCCCUUCGUCAACAAUGCACCCUGCCGGUCGAUUGCCAGUGUCUCCAUCAUCAGAGAUGACGGGGAAUCAUUUUCAAGAGGAUGUCUCGCCUGGAUCAAAACGAGGUAGAGGGCGGCCAAAGAAAGGGACAGUCAUGGAGCCUAUACAUUUUAAUCACAGCACCCCUAAAGACAAUGGGUUAUUUCUUUGUAGAAUUUGUGGGAAAGCAUUUACAGAGGCGACACGCUUAAGAAACCACGAAGCACAGCAUGGAGCAUCCACCGGUGGUGUAAACAGUAGCAGCGAUACCUUACCCGCUGCAGACGGCCCUAUGUUGAUAUCUCAAUCACAACCAGGUCUGUUGGAAAAUGGCAUAUCCAUGCACGGCAUCGAAGAUAACAGUCGUAAACGUGAAAGGACGAGACGUCACGUUGGUUGUGACAUUUGUGGGAAAGUUUUUCGUGACGUUUACCAUCUGAACCGACACAAGCUUUCUCACUCCGGAGAAAAGCCAUACGCGUGUCAUGUAUGCGGCCUUCGUUUCAAACGCAAGGACAGAAUGUCAUACCAUGUGAGGUCACACGAUGGCUCCGUUGGCAAACCUUACGUGUGUCAAAGCUGUGGAAAAGGAUUUUCAAGGCCAGACCAUCUGAAUGGACACAUCAAACAAGUUCACACAACAGAGAGACCCCACAAGUGCCAGAUCUGUAAUGCCUCCUUUGCCACGAGAGACAGACUGAGAUCCCACCUGGCAUGCCAUGAGGACAAGAUCCCCUGCCAGAUUUGUGGCAAAUUCCUCCGAGCUGCAUAUAUGACCGACCACCUCAAGAAACACAGUGAAGGAACUCACAACUACUGUGGCAUAUGCAACAAAGGUUUCUCCACAGCAUCCUACCUUAAGGUGCACGUAAAAACGCACCAUGGCUCACCUCUCCUCCCCGCUGCCACAGCACACAGCUUCCCUGAGCCGCGGGGGGAACCGCCGAUGCACAACGGCGCUCCUUACCACACAGGACGCCAGUGCGCAGUGGAAGACCUAUGCACUACUCGCCGGCUGCUGGUCACCUUCCCUGAGGCAGAAGGUCGCUUUCGUGGGUUUUCUGGACCCCCAGUUCUCUCCCAGCCCUGCCCCCCUACCUUGAGCCUGCAGCCUGAGCUGCUCUUGGGAAAAUCAGGGGGUGCGCCAUAUUUCUGGGAGUGUCGCUCUGGCGGGGCGCCUGGCUUCCCUUUCCACGGGCCUCUUGCAGACGGGCAGGAGAAUGUUGGGAAGUGUCCCCAUCAGGAAUCUGAAGAGUCAGACCCUUCUUUUGGGGAGCUGUCGAACGGGGAUGAGCUCAAGUCUCCACACAAGCCUGACGGUGAGGAACAGGGGAUGACGCCUCUAGCGUGCAACGGAGCCUCUGCUGGUGCUUUGGCAUCACCAGGGAGCACCAAAGUCAAGACAGAUUUAGAGAAAAAAUUCCCUUGCAGCGACUGUGGCCAGGCUUUCCGUACCAAGUCCUACCUCAACAAGCACCAACACAGGGUGCACAAGGCUCCGAAAGGCCAUAGCAGUACAGCGUCAGGGUUAGGGGAUCUUGCCCCCUCCCUAAGCUCACCCUUUUCCCCUCAACAGAACAUGUCCCUGUUGGAGUCUUUUGGCUUUCAGAUAGUACAGUCUGCUUUUGCCUCCUCGCUGGUGGACUCUGAAGCAGGCCAUAGUGGGAUUGGCCAUGGGGAAAAGUGACUCUAGUGCUGAUGAGUCUGUCCAAACUGCCUUUCUCCAGAUGAGGGCUAGAUUUGAUCAGUCACCUGGCAUUCAGCAUCUCAGCUUAACUAGACUUUCUUGGAAGACUACUCUGCUGUUCAGAUAUUCAUAAUAUUUUGUGUCUCUGUAUUAUGGGCUAUAAUUUGUUGAUGUUUACCAUUUUGGAGCAAAAUUGUAAAUACAUUUUCUUUACAUUAACACAUCAUUGAUUUAUCUACCAAGUUAUACCCAUAUUUGCUUUGCUCAGUUUAAUGACUUUACUCUCUGUAAUGUAUAAUCAAGCCCUUUCAAUUCAUUACCAAAAAACCCUGUUAUCUUCUUGACAAAUAAGGAUGUUGUUAGAAGCAUUGUCAACUAAAGAGACUAGUUAAUUAGCAGACAAUAAGACUUACCAAUAAUCCUUUGCUACCAAGCUUUUGAAAAAACGUAUUUAAAACAAUCAUAUCAAAUCUUGCAGCUGUGGCCCCAUCUUCACUUCAUAGCACCUGACUGCUAGAGGCUUGAGAUGAAUCCCUAACUACACUGCAGCAAAGCCAAUUCAGCCCCCCCACACACACACGCAACCCCCUACACACACACACACACACACACACACACACACACACACACAAAGAAAAGGGUCAGGAUUAUGCCCAUUGCCUCAAACGAUUUGAGAAUGUUUAGCUCUGGAAUUCUAAGAUAAGUUUGUUUGUUGGUCACGUAAUGUGAAAUCAAUUCUGCAUUAUAAACAGGGACCAAAUUCAGGUUUGACUAUUGAAAUUGAGAAAUGUAGAGUAUAUUUUAUUAACUUAUUCAUUGCCCUGUUUGCUUUGUGCAACUUUUUUUUAAUUGUUUAUUGAAAUGUUGAUGUAGUCUGCUGAUAUAGCAAAUUUUUCUAAGUUAUGUUAGAAUCGGGAGGCCUAACUGGCAGUAUAACAAGUGUAAGCGAGCGUGCUAAUUCUGUCUGCGUUUUAUUCUCUCUGAUAUGCUUUUAUUGUCUUAUAACAUCAAAUUCAGUUGAUUGAUUAAGCACCGUACAUUCCUUUUUUUAUUUAUAGUUCUAUUGUUGUGAUUGUAACAAGUGUAUAUUGCAUACACUAUACAUGCAUAUGAUCAAAUAGGGAGCCUGUACAUAGGUUAAUGUUUUUUCCUUGUCCAUUAUGUAGUUGGAUGUAGAUUUUGCUUAUUUGAAAGUAACCACACUGCACACCCAGUGAACAGUGUUAUAUACUCUGUUCUAGUAUAAUAAUGUGGGUUUGAUUUGGGAUGGAAUGUUGUCCACUGGAUGGUGACAGUAGUAUCACUGUUCAUUAUAAACACUGUCACCUUGCUCUGGUAGUCCUUACUCUACCUGUAGCAUAACUCGUGGCUUGACCAAUCAGUCUGCCUAGGCCAUUAGUACCCUACUUUGAGCUCCUCCAUAAUAGUGAUGCACUUGCAUUCUCACUGUGGAUGGAAUACAAGUCAGCCCCAGACUUAUUUUAUGUUAUUUAUUGGAUGAGUGAGAGACGUAAAAAAAUAUGCUCUUUUGCUACAGUCGGUAGUUGUGGCACAAUGGAAUGGCUCACUGUUUAUAUAUACUGGCUGUCUGGUGGUGUUGUUUCUCACCCAUGUUGGUACUCGGUGUAUGGGAUGUGUUUUGUGUGUGAUUUUGUAGAUACUCUUACUGUUUUAUCAUGUUAUUUUGGUCUGUUGCAAAGUGCCUUCCAAAUACUGAUAGUGCACAGCAGUGGAUUAAAAAGGACCUCUUUUUUAAAAGGUAAAUCAUACACGGAGUGACUUGCAUUGACACUUUUGUAUAAAAACAUGCACACACAAGAUGUACAGUAUGUUAACUCGGUAUUUUAUCAAUGUAUUCUGCAAGAUUGUUCUUUAAACAUGUGAGUUACAUGUUUUGUUAUAAAAUCUUUGGAAAUAUUUCAAUAUAAGCAUACUUUUCUAUAGAUGUUUGUUUUUGUACUCAGUUUUUGAGUCUGUUGUCUCCUAUUGCUACAGAGGUGAGCGAUGAAAUAAACAUUUAUUUGAAACUCUUA